CGGGCUUCUGGCUAUUUUAAAGCGCGAGCCACCCGGGUCGCCUGAUUCAAGUCGGCCACGCUUGGGCUCCUCUCUUCUUUGCCUCUUGUCUGGGCCCCUCCAGCAUGGGUCCCUGGCCCCGCUCGUUGCUCGCCGGCCUCCUGCUGCUCCUCUGCGGUGUCUGGACCGUGCGCUGCGACACACCUGCUAACUGCACCUACCCUGAUCUGCUGGGCACCUGGGUCUUCCAGGUGGGCCCAGUCGGUUCCCAGCCGGACAUCAACUGCUCGGUUAUGGAACCACCAGAAAAAAAAGUAGUGGUGCACCUUAAGAAAUUGGAUACAGCAUAUGAUGACUUUGGCAAUUCUGGACAUUUCACCAUCAUUUACAACCAAGGCUUUGAGAUUGUGCUGAAUGACUACAAGUGGUUUGCUUUCUUUAAGGAUGUUACUGAUUUAAUCAGUCAAUUGUUCAUGCAUCUGGGAACUGUGGGGAUAUAUGAUUUGCCACAUCUGAGGAACAAACUGGCCAAGAACAGACUUUGGGUCUAAAAGGCAGAGCAGCAUGCAGCAGUGGACCUACCUCUGGCAGCUAGCAGAGGCCUGUGCAGCUACAGCCCCUUCUGGAGUCUUUAUUGCAUGUAAAAUGCAGAGGAGUCCUGGUGACCUACCUCCAAGGCAGCUGCCCUCCUGAACAUUUCCUGGGAAAGCAGUAAUCAUCAUAAUGGAAUGUGAACAACCAGAACCUACACAGGAAAAGAAAGGUCUGGAAGAGAUGGAAGUCUCAGGUGGCUUCACUGUUCAGUUUUUUAAUAAAACAAUAUGGAACAUGUUAAUUUUUUUUUUUUUUCUGUUUGAAUACUCUUCUGUUGAAAUGAUUUUUUUUUUUUUUUCCCAAACUGGUCAGGAUUUGAAAUUUGUGUCUUGUUUCAUUGACAGCACAGAUUUUAUUCACAGUUCCGUUGCCUCUGCUGAGUGCCUUCUCGUCCUCUAUUUAACCUGAGGAACGCAGAAUCUGUUGUAGGGAGAAAAUAAGGUUUCAGGAUCUCUUAAGAUGCACAGAUGUAGCUGGUUGUGAUGGCCCAUGCCUGUAGUCCCAAUGGCUCAGGAGGCUCAAGCAGGAGGAUUGGGAGUUUAAAGCCAGCUUCAGCA